GCCGGAAUUAUGGCGACACCUUGUUUCUGCUCUUUAACUCUUGCGGCGCCAGUUGUGGAAAUGCAGCCGGAGUUGGGAUGUGAGCAUUGUUUGGUCUGUGAGUGACUACUGAGGAGGAGGAGGAGGAGGAGGGGCGCACUGCUGUGCUCAGUGCAGGACGCAGGAGACAGUCGCUCUCCAAGGUGCUGAAAGUCGGAGCGCUCCCUCCUCAGCCUCGCCUACUGAUAACGAAUGCGACCGAAAACCACGCAAUGACCGACUUCAGUGUCUGACGGUUUCGUGUUAUUUAUACUGCGCAACUUAGAGGCAUCGCAGGAUUUCUUGUUUUUCAUGCAGCCGCUGGAUGUAUUGGCUACACACACACACACACACACACACACAGUACGUGCACCAGGACUGACUGUCGCUUUCUGAUAUUCAUCUGCAUCGUUGGGAAAUACUGAAUUGACUCCGGAUUCUCGGGGAACGCUGUAGAGGAUUUGUCCCCCCCUCAUCGGUCUCAGUUUCUCUCUCUUCCUCUCUGCACUGCAUGCCUUCGGACGUGAACUGUGAUAUUUUCUCUGAAAGGUGAGUCUGAUGAGGAUAAUCAUGAAGCAGACCUACUUUCACACGGAUACCUGGUUUUUUGCACUGGAGAGUGGGGGACCACGUCACCAAAAGGCUGGUGUUUAAUUGCUUUCAAACCCCGUCAUCACGAUCAAGGGGGAGGAUUAUCGUGGCUGAUUUUGUGGUGAUUUCUUUCUCUUUUUUUUUUUUUUUACCCUGUGGAUAAAGUGAAGUUCUAAAUAAAUCUAUCUCUAAUCUGCUCCAGCUUUCUUUGAGCUGUGGGCUCUCUGGCUUCGUACUCAGUGAAUAUCAAGCAAUUACAACGCGCCCUUCUCCACAAGAGACAAAGAUGACGAUAAUGAGUCGCAGGAUGGACACGGAGAGGACACCGGGAGCUUAGGGAUGACAUCCACACUAUCUUGCUGAAUGUGGAUGUUGAUGCUGCGGCGAAGGAUGGGCCCCGUCUUCGUCCUCCUGCUGGCUCUGCAGAGCGCCGCGUCCCCGGCCUCCGUGGGUAACCCCGAGGAUUACACCGCGGACGAGGCGGAGCGGACCGCCGGUGAAAACAUCGUCUUCGACGAUUACCGCGGGAAAGGAUGCGUGGACGACAGUGGCUUCGUCUACAAACUCGGGGAGCGCUUCUUCCCGGGACACUCGAACUGUCCGUGCGUGUGCACGGAGGACGGGCCCGUGUGCGACCAGCCCGAGUGCCCCAAACUGCAUCCGAAGUGCACCAAAGUGGAACACAAUGGAUGCUGCCCCGAGUGCAAGGAGGUGAAAAACUUUUGCGAGUACCGGGGGAAAACGUAUAAAAUCCUGGAAGAAUUCAAGCCAUCACCCUGUGAAUGGUGCCGCUGCGAGCCAAAUAACGAGGUGCACUGUGUGGUGUCCGACUGCGCCGUCCCGGAGUGCGUCAACCCCGUGUACGAGCCAGAGCAAUGCUGCCCUAUCUGUAAAAACGGUCCAAACUGCUUCGCUGGAACCACGAUCAUCCCAGCCGGAAUUGAAGUAAAGGUGGACGACUGCACCAUCUGUCGCUGCCACAAUGGAGACUGGUGGAAGCCGGCACAGUGCUUGCGGCGGGAGUGCCUCAACGGCCAAACGUUGUCAUAGAAAGACUCCACUGGGGAUGGUGGAAAAGCUCAGGCAAGGCCCUGCCUUCUACUGCACCAUUUUGUAUGAUUGACAGGGCAGGAGCACAAUUCCUAAGUAACCUGAGACAGCGUAGUAUCGAGGAGACGCACUCACAAGCUUAACCUACAAAUUCCGCCACCGGGAGAAAGGCACUCGUGUCAUGGCCACUUCCACCCUCCGCGUUGAGUCGUCCUGACCUAUUUUCAGAAGUAUACUCGCUUGACUUGCUGCUCUCACACAAAAUGUUUCUAAGCUCCUAGAACUCUUUCCUAACCAGUGGCAAUGUUUAAUUGCUCAUGUUGAUUUAUGUUUGUAUGUACGUAUGUAUGUAUGUCAUCUGCUUGUCCGACUGUCGCCAUCAUGCAGGUGUUGUAAAAUUUCAACAGCAGGAAAACAAACCGUAAGCACACUUAACAUUUUUUCUCUCCCGCGAGGAUCGUCACCGUGCAACAGCGACGGCGUGUUCACAUUCUCACUUUUAAGAGCGUGUUUACAAAAUGCACAUCACACAUAAGUGUUUGUCUUCAUGACUUUUCAUCACCAUGGCAGGAAGUCGACUUCAAGACACAGAUGGAGUUCCUCUUAAUUUUAUAUAAGCCCCUUACAAAAACCCAAGACAGCGCUUUUAUUAAUCACAAUACACGAAUUGUGAGUCCUGUUUCUACACAGAGGCAGUCGAGGCAGGGGUAAACUGUAGAAUUAAAUGGAGAGUAAAAGAGACAGGAGAGUCAGCAAGUAUGAAAAGCAGUAAAUACUUUUCGGGGGUUUGACAUUUUCUGACGUGCUCACAACAUAUACCUGGAGAAAGCCCAGGACAUCCAGGUGAUGGGUGGCCCCUGGCGUGAGUUUGCAGUAGGCAGGAAAACUCGUCCACUCACUUAUUGUGAAUUGUCUGGAACCUUUCCUGCCGUGUUCUCACAUGAGCUC